CCGGUAUUAAUUUUCUCUUUAAUAAUAUCUUUUAUUGGUUGCAUUGUUUAUGCAAUUAUGCAAAAGUGAUUCUCAGCAAGUCGAAUCAUUGAUUGAAAAGUGUACUAAAUCACGUGUGUUGCUCUUAAUAAUACGAUAGAGAUGUGGCAUUUAACUUCAAGUGAACUCCUGCUGGAAUCACCGGUUCGGACUCCCCUGCCACUGGACCCACAGAUACUAUUGUUACUCCUUCCAUGGAAGCUACUGAACCUGAAAACACUAGUGAACACCAGGAGCUAGUCUUGGGCCGAGGACAAAGGCAUAAGACUCCCUCGGUCCGACUCAAGGACUACGUUACACAUACAGUAAUAAAAAACAGUCCAUUCCCUGUUCAUUCUGCUCCAUCACCCUCUUCAGGUACGCCGUUCCCUAUAACUCAUUAUAUUACUUGUGAUGCUUUUUCUCCCAAACAUCAAGCUUACUUGGCAGCUUUACACUCUAUAACGGAACCACAUUCUUUCCAAGAGGCUGUCAAAGAUGAAGGGUGGCGGACUGCCAUGCGUGCUGAGAUUCAAGCUCUCGAAAAGAAUGCUACUUGGAGUCUGGUUACACUACCUCCCGGCAAACGGGCACUGGGGUGUAGAUGGGUCUAUAAAAUUAAACAUAAAUCUGACGGUAGCUAGGGCUGUGCACCGGGUCAAAACCGGACCGGACCGGUCCGGAACCGGUCCGGAACCGGAACCGGUUCUUGAAUAAUUAGGGAACCGAAAACCGGUCCGGAUUAUAUCCGGUUUUAGCCGGAACCGGACCGGUCCAAUCCGGUUAAAAACCGGACCGGUCCGGAAAACCGGUACUAUACAAACAACCUGCAAUUUUGCUUGUGCCAAACUAAGUAUAAUCUGGAAAUUGGAAUGUGCAAAAAGCGGUACUAAAUAGGAUUGCUCGAGUGUUUUCAUGGACAUUCUGAGUCUUUGACUGUUCACAUUCAACAACCGUUUGAUAGCAGCAAGCCAACAACCGGUAUUAAAAAGCAAUGAUCAACAACAACAAAAAUUCAACAUAAAAAUUCAACAGCAAAAUAUAAAUAGUUCAAAAAGUUCACAAUAAACAACUUCAUCAAAGUAUUUAGACUGUGACAGUUUGAAAUAUAAAUAGUUCAAAAAGUUCACAAAAAACUCCACUUCAACACAAAGUAUUUAGACUUUGACAUUGUAGAUAUAGAAUUCCACUCUUCAUAUUCAAGUCACAUAAACAACUUCCUCCAUAAAGCUAUCCAUGUCUUCCACAUCUACAUAAUCACACAAAAUCUAUAUUAGCAAUUUAGCAUUUUAAAAUCUAUAUUAGCAAUCCG